UUCCUCUCUUCCUUCUCUCCGCUGCUUCGCGUCCGCGACGACCUAUAAAGCCUCGGAGACCGGACGGAUAGGACCCAAAUCGAGAUCGCGGAUUCCGUUCCUCCCUGUUAUCUCUCUCGCUCCCUUUGUCGUGUGCAUCGUCUUCUCUGCUCGAGUUCUGUCACGAAACAUGGACGGGGCUCCGGUGAACGAGUUCCCGGUGGCGCUGACCCACGGAGGCCGGUACUUGCAGUACGACAUCUUCGGAAAUCUGUUCGAGAUUACAUCAAAGUAUCGGCCGCCGAUCAUGCCGAUCGGAAGGGGGGCUUACGGCAUCGUCUGUUCGGUGAUGAAUUCGGAAACUGGGGACAUGGUAGCCAUCAAGAAAAUAGCCAACGCGUUCGACAAUCACAUGGAUGCAAAGCGGACACUUCGAGAGAUCAAGCUCCUUCGGCACUUGGAUCAUGAGAAUGUUAUAGGGAUAAGGGAUGUGGUCCCCCCGCCAAUUCCACAAACAUUUAAUGAUGUUUAUAUUGCAACUGAGCUCAUGGAUACUGACCUUCACCAUAUAAUCCGCUCCAACCAAGAAUUAUCGGAGGAACACUGUCAGUACUUUCUAUAUCAGAUUCUUCGUGGAUUGAAAUACAUACAUUCAGCAAAAGUUAUUCACCGAGAUCUGAAGCCAAGCAACCUUCUGCUGAAUGCAAACUGUGAUCUGAAAAUAUGUGAUUUCGGUCUGGCACGUCCCACAUCGGAGAAUGAGAUCAUGACAGAGUAUGUUGUGACCAGAUGGUACAGGGCGCCGGAGUUGUUGCUGAACUCCACAGAUUACACUGCAGCCAUUGAUAUGUGGUCAGUGGGUUGCAUCUUUAUGGAGCUAAUGAACAGGAAACCUCUGUUUCCUGGAAGGGAUCACAUGCACCAGAUGCGUUUGAUAACAGAGCUUAUUGGCACUCCAACAGAGGCUGAGCUUGAAUUCAUUCAGAAUGAAGAUGCAAGAAGGUACAUGAGGCAUCUGCCUCGGUAUCCACGUCAGUCAUUUGCAAGUCUAUACCCACAUAUCAGUCCAGUUGCUAUUGAUCUUAUUGAGAGAAUGCUGACAUUUGAUCCCACCAAGAGAAUUACAGUCGAAGAAGCACUAGAUCAUCCAUACCUUGAGAGGUUGCAUGACAUUGCUGAUGAACCCACUUGCAUGGAACCUUUCUCCUUCGAUUUUGAGCAACAUGCCCUCACGGAAGAGCAGAUGAAGGAGCUGAUAUACAAAGAAGCUAUAGCAUUCAAUCCAGCAUACUAGUUUUAAGAGACACCGGUUCGCCUACAAUUGGCCAUCAACUGCUGCUGUAAAUACUUUGAAACAUGAAGAGUUUGUGAUGAAAUUCUAUAUUUUUUAGGUUCUUUAUUUAGCACGAGUGUCUUGGUUGUCUUCAUGAAACUUAUUUUUAGAACAAAUAUUAUUAUGAGACGUUUGAAGUGCA